CGAACUAACGGAACAGUUUAAGGAGAGCAGUCAAAAUGUUCCGAUUGAGCUUGUUGUUUGUGCUUUUGGCGUCGGUUGCCGUUUUCGGCAAAUACGUACCGGCUGAGUACCAGGAAUGGGAAGGAUUCAUCGUCGGCGGUCAGAAUGCCGCUUCCGGUCAGUUCCCGUACCAGGUUUCUCUGCGUUCGGCCCUUAACUCCCAUUUCUGUGGCGCUUCUAUUGUGAACUCUCGCUGGGUCCUGUCUGCUGCUCACUGUACCGUUGGCCGAACCACCGCCAAUACCCGAAUUGUUGUCGGAACUCACUUGCUGAACAGCGGUGGAAUUUCCCAUAACACCCAGCACAUCGUCAACCACCCGUCGUACAAUGCCAACACUCUGGCUAACGACGUUUCGGUCCUCCAGACUGCCACCGUUAUCGCUUUCACCAACUUGGCUCAGCCAAUUGGUCUGUCUGCUACCUUCAUCAAUACUGCCACUGGAGCUCUCGCUUCCGGAUGGGGACGUCUUGGAGCUAACGCUGGUAUCCCCAACAACCUGCAGUGGCUGAGCACCAGCAUCAUCACCCUGGCCGAUUGCCGUAACCGUCACUCAACUGCCAACGCUGCUUCCGUCUUCGAUCACACCGUCUGUACUUUGAGCCCAACUGGCCAGGGUAUGUGCAUGGGAGAUUCUGGUGGCCCACUGGUCCAUGGAGGUCUGCAGCAGGGUAUUGUUUCCUGGGGUAUUCCUUGCGGAAUGGGCGCUCCCGAUGUAUUCGCUCGUGUUUCCUCCUUCCGUGCCUGGAUCCUGUCCCACACCGGUUAAACGAAAGUCUCUAAUAAAGUGAUAUUUAAAUGCUAAGUUAAA